GGGAUGCCACUGUUGAUGGAGAGGACUAUCUCUAGGCAGAUAACCUUGGAGUCUAUCGUUGGUGUCGGUCGGUAUGGAGAAGUAUGGAAGGCUUCUUGGAGUGGAGAGAAUAUUGCAGUGAAGAUUUUCAAGACAAUAGAUGAGCAGUCGUGGAAAAAUGAAGUUGACAUCUACCAGACAAACAUGAUCCACCAUGCUUCCAUACUCAACUUCAUAGCAGCUGACAGUAAAGACAUAGGAGAUAGUGUACAACUUUGGAUAGUCACAUCAUUCCAUCCUUUUGGUAGCUUGUUUGACUACCUUACCAAUAAUGAGUUGGAUGAAAUAACGGCCCUUAAGAUGUCACUAUCUAUAGCUCACGGCCUAUCCCACUUGCAUAUGUACAUCCCUACUUUCUCACUGGGGGCCAAACCCAGCAUAGCCCAUAGGGAUUUUAAGAGCAAAAAUAUAUUGGUGAAGAAUGAUCUGUCAUGCUGUAUAUCUGACUUUGGUAAACAAAUUUCUUCAUUCUAUCUUGAUAAUUUUGGCAACACUAACAACGUUAAUGUCAACAACAACAACAGGAUUGACAACAACAUCAACAAAAUAGGCACAACGAGAUAUAUGGCUCCAGAGCUUUUAGAUGGAAGGUUACAGAUGAAUAGCUUGGAUGUUGAACUAUGGAAAUUGGCCGACAUCUAUUCGAUGUCUUUGAUAUUCUGGGAGAUUGCCACCAGGACUAAUAUUUCAGAUCUUGCCAGACCAUACCAGCUGCCAUAUUUUGAUAGUGUAUCGUUCGAUCCAACAAUGGAUGAGAUGAAUGCAGUUGUUAAUGUACAACGUGUUAGGCCUGCUUUGUCAAGCGAUUGGAACAGAUCUGUGAUUUUGAAGGAGCUGAUGAGGUCGAUGACGUCGUGUUGGUUCAGUGCAAGAUUGACAGCCCUCUGCGUUAAGAAGAACCUACUGAAGCAUGCCUAA